GUCGUCGGCCAACCGACCGACCGACCGUCCCGACCGAGCGUUCUCCUCUCAGCCAGGCCAGUAUCAAGCCGGGAGCCGUCGAGAGGGUUGUUCCACCUUCCGCAGUCGGCGCUCAUGCUACGCUCUUCCCAUCCCCGUGCACAACGCAUCGAACGCAACCAACGACGCACGUCCCCGUCACCUCGCGCGCGGGUGUCACCGCCGUGGCCAGAGCUGUGCACGGUGGGCUCUGGCUGCUCACCAACUCACGGGUCGGACGAGAAAAAUGGGGCGUACGCCGAGCCACGAGAGCCGGAUCGAUCGCGAAAUAAACGUACGCCGGGUGGACGUGGAGUAAGUCCCUCUGCCGAGAGUGGAAUAUACGAGUAUAUGUAAAAGAAAUACUCGCGCCGGAUAGUGGUGGAUAGUGGUGGAUUGUGCGUUCAUUCCAUUCCUCGUGUACGGUCCUGCGCGUGAUCGAGGAAGCGUGUGAAUGGAUUCACGACGAGUUCGCGGAUGCAGAGUGCGUGGUGAAAGUGGUCGUGUGUAUUGAAAAGGGGAGAGGAAGGAGAGAAGGAGAAAAGGAAAGGGGUCGAGGUCGUGGAAUACUGGUGGAUGCUUCCAACGAUUCGUUUUCGGAUCCUCGUUGAAAAUUACGAUUAAUCUCUCCCUCUCUCUUUUCCUCUCUUUCGGGAUCGUCGCGAGACAGCAGAGGAAGGAAAAAGAAACGGUGGUGGGACCGACAGGAAUCGACCAAGUGGAGGUUGAGAAGUGGUUUGAAGAGACGGGGAAAGUGUGUCACCGACGUGGUGCGAGAGGCGCCUUAGGUUAGGUCGCUGCUAGAGUGUCUUGAUGCGAAGCGACGAUAGGAUAACAAACCCGCGCGUUAAUUAUCGAAUUCGAGGGGUGAAGCGAAGGGUGCUCGAUUUCGAGGGAGGGAGGGAACGAUGCCGAGCGAAAUAAUCGAAACCUGACGAUAAACCUCUCCGAUCGUAAGAGUCGUAAUAUCGCUCGAAAGGGUCGACAACCGUUUAGCCUUGAUACUCGUGCUUCGUUUAAUGGAGGAAGAUAUAAUCGUCCAUACUUUGCCAUAUAUAUAUAUAUAUGCAUGACAAGAAGAUGAUUUCGACGAGCAAGCACCCGUUGUCGUACUCGGUCGAUUUGAUCGAUCCGAUUGUUGGAAAUGUGGAUUCAUCGACGAGGUUAAUCUAGUGCACGAUUUCUGCCCACGUACGAGUGGAAAGAUCCGAGUUCAAAUUGUGUAUAACGUGAUUGUGAAGUGCGAUACUCUCGGCGGUUACGAGUGUGUGACACGGACGUGUGUUGAGUGAUAAAGGUGAUAAAGGUGUUCUCGAGGCGUGUCGCGUUGAUCAAAUCAUUGGAAAGGAAAAAGUAGAUAAAUAAAUAAGAAAAAUCAAAACAUAUCACGAUUAUACUCGGCCAAUUUCGAACGAAACUUUCCAAAAAUUUUCCUUCACUCUCGACCGAGUAUAUCCCCCGAAUAUCCCUCCAACGAGAGAGAGAGACGGACAAAAACGAACGCACCACACGAGUCGAGGAAAAGAUCCCGCAGACAGACAGACGUGUGUGCACGGUCACUCUCUCUUUCCGUAUCCGCCACCCACGCAGUCGAGGCCACCCGCGCGUGCGUGCUCACGUGCGAUCACAGCCGGUACAACGUGGCUAACUGGCUGGCUGGCUGGCUAGCACACUGCUGCCACUUGCAAUCUCGCAACCGCUCGCGAUCCGCUCGUCGAUCGAAUGUCGAGACCCGAUCUGAUCACCCUCGGACGAAGACGUUUUGAUAUGUGACGCGUCGCGAGGAGGAGAAGAGGAAGGAAGGAAGGAAUCUGAUGAUCUAGCAGAUGAUCCCCGAGCUGCCUAAGCCAGGAGAAGAAACCAUGCAUCCCUCUAUCAGAAACGUAGGCACGUUGCUGCCGUUCCUGGUCGUGCUGUUGAGCCAGGUCGCCAUGUCGUUCGUGCUCGAGGGCUCGGCCACGAGUUACGCCCAGUUCAGGAAAUGGAACGCGGGGUUGAACGGCACGUUGGAGUUCGAGUUCAAGACCGAGCAGGGGAACGGUCUGUUGCUGUACACGGACGACGGGGGCACGUACGACUUCUUCGAGGCGAAGCUCGUCGAGAGCGCGCUCAGGUUGAGGUACAACCUGGGCGGCGGUGCUCAGAUCGUGACGGUCGGCCACGAUCUCGGGGACGGCCACUGGCACAAGGUGCAGAUCACCAGGUGCGCGGAGAACACCACGUUGACCGUGGACGGUGUCAGCGCGGUCUCCACCUCCCGCGGCAAGGAGUUCGAGUUCGGCAAGCUGGCCGGCAAUUCUGACGUUUACGUGGGCGGUAUGCCCAGCUGGUACAACAGCAAGCUCACGUUGCUCGCGUUGCCGAGCGUCAUCUUCGAGCCGAGGUUCAACGGGUUGAUCAGGAACCUGGUGUACGCCGAUGGCGAGAACACGGUGCCGAGGAGGCAGGAGAUGAAGAGCCGGGACGCCAAGUGCGGUGGAUUUCCAUGCGUGGAGAACAUGAAGCGCAAAUCGGCGAGGAGUUUACGCAACAUGAUGACAGCCAAUACGACGGACGCCUGUGAAACGCGUGAUCCCUGUCAACACGGAGGAAUCUGCAUAUCCACCGACAGUGGACCCAUCUGCGAGUGUCGGUCAGGCGAUUAUGAGGGUGCCUAUUGUGAGAAAGAAGCAUGGAGCACGGUGCUGCCUACGGCGGGUGCUGGUGAUUACUGGGCGUGGGAUUACAAUAAAGCGCCUUCCGAAGCCUCUUUCAAAGGAACGGAGUAUCUCACGAUAGAUUUGAGCAAAGGAGAUCCAAUUUUGAGCACACAGGAAACCGUUAAUUUGCAAUUUAAAACAAAGCAACCGAAUGGCCUUUUAUUUUAUUCCGCCAAUGGACGUAAUCGCGCUUCCUGCCCAACCGGGGAAGGAGAUGAUUAUCUGACCAUAUCUCUAAGAGACGGAGGGGUGGCCGUGGGCAUGACUUUGGCCAAAGGGAGAUUAGAUCUGCACAUAAAGCCUGUUCGAGUCCGGUUCGACGAUAAUCAAUGGCACAGGAUCAUCGUUCACAGAAAAGUUCAAGAGAUAUCCUCCAUCACCAGCUUUUGCAGGCUGUCCGCCAUCGUCGAUGGGAUUUACGCGGAACACGGCCACACUGCGGGCUCGUUCACACAUUUGGCGAGCGAUCGACUGCUGGUGGGCGGAGGCGCCGACGCGAGAUCCCUCCAGGGCGCCAAGGGGAUCAACAACUUCAACGGAUGCCUGAGGAAGGUCGAAUUCGUCGCGGAGGGGGUGAAAAUGGAGUUGAUCGAGGCGGCCAGGAGUGGAGCCGCCGGUGCUGCCGCCUGGGGCAAAAUGGAUUUCCACUGUCGGGAGCCGAGAUCCUCGGACCCAAUCACCUUCACCACGAGGGACUCUCAUCUCAAGUCUGCGGCUACGAUAAGUGCGGGGCGACUUCACGGCACCGUGGUCUCCUUCACCAGCCCAGAGUCCCACCUGGUGCUGCCACCUUGGAGGGCGGCCAAGUCCGGUAGUAUAUCCUUCAAAAUCCGUACCAACGAACCUAACGGAUUGAUUAUGUACAGUCGUAGCGGAGCUCAUACGAGGCAAGAUCUUUUCGCAUUCGAAAUCUUUGGAGGCCAUUUAUAUCUACAUAUCGACCUCGGAAGCGGACCCGUAAAAGUAAAGUCAUCAAAACAACGAAUCGACAAUGGAAUCUGGCACGAUGUGGCACUUCGUCGUGUUGAACGAGACGGACGUGUCACCGUAGACGAUUCAAUAGUUGAAUUUCGCACACCAGGUGAUUCAACGCAACUAGAUCUAGAUGGAUUACUGUAUAUCGGUGGUGUGGGUGCUCCAUUUGCACCCCUUACGGUUCCUCCGGUACUGUGGACAGGUGCCUUGAGACAAGGUUACGUUGGUUGCAUAAGGGAUCUUGUCAUAAACGGGCAACAAAUCGAUAUCGCUGGAUAUGCUCAACAACAGGACUCUGGUGCUGUCAAACCAGCUUGUCAUUUUCAACAAUCCCACUGUCCCUCACAACCUUGCAUGCACGGUAGCCAUUGUAUCGAGGGAUGGAACAGAUUUCAUUGUGACUGCACUGGAACACAAUACACUGGUCCUACUUGUGGGAAAGAUGCAUCAACGUUGCAUCUGAACGGAACACAGCAAAUGACAGCAUUGAUGCCAGAGGAUUCGAAAACGCAGACUGAAGAAAUAGUAGUUCGCUUCAAAACUACUAGGCCACGUGGUCUUCUUCUAGCCACGAGUUUAGAAAACAGUUCGGAUCGAUUACAACUCUACCUCGAAGAGGGCAAAGCGAAGAUGCUGAUCCAUAUCGGGGACAAAGAAAAAACAUUAGUUGCAGGACAAGGUUUAAAUGACGACAUGUGGCACACAUUGAGGUUCUCCAGAAGAGCAAGCUCUUUGAAAUUCCAAAUCGAUGACGAAGCUGCUGUACGGGCCGAAACGCAGCUUGGCAAACAGAGCAUUUUGGAAUUUCGGACGCUCCACGUCGGUGGCUACUUGCACGCAGGGGAGGAAAUCCCGCAUUUCGUCGGCCAGCUCCAGCAAAUCUGGUUCAACGGUUAUCCGUACCUGGAAAUAGCGCGUAGCUCCGGAAAUCAUCAGGCAUCUCAUCAAGGUGUAACGCCGAUUAUUAGAGUCACAGGGAAAUUCGGGAAGCGGAACCAUCCAGUGCAUCAUCCUGUGACUUUCACGUCAAAGCACACGUUCGUCGGUUUACCUGUGUUGAAAGCGUACGUGGAAACGAACAUCUAUUUCCAGUUCAAAACACGCGAGGCAAAUGGUUUAAUUCUGUACAACGCCGGUCGUGAACGUGAUUUCAUCGCGGUCGAGUUAGUAAACGGGCAUAUUCACUAUGUGUUCGACCUCGGUGAUGGCCCGGUCAGGAUCAGAGACACUUCGAGAUCCAAGCUGAACGAUGGAAAGUGGCACGCCGUCAGCAUCGGAAGGCCAGCUCCAAAAAGACAUACUCUCGCAGUUGACGACCACGUCACCGCUGUGAAUAGUCAGGGUAGCAACGAGAAUCUUGACCUGGAUGGAAUUUUAUAUAUCGGUGGUGUGGAGAAAUCACAGUAUGGUCAGCUACCGAAACAAAUACUCAGCAAACAUGGUUUCGAGGGAUGUCUCGCAUCGUUGGAUCUUAGUGGCGAGAGUACCAAUCUGAUUUCCGACGCGGUGGUCCCUAGCUCUUUAGUAGAAUCCGGUUGCGAUAUGUACGCCAAUCUGCAUCCUGGCAAAAAGUGUACACACGACGUAUGCUCGAAUCAUGGCACGUGCGUCCAACAAUGGAACAGUUAUACAUGCGAUUGUGACAUGACCAGUUUCACAGGACCGACGUGUAACGAAGAAGCGGCGGCUUAUGAAUUCGGACCAGGAAAAGGAAUCAUUACAUACACCUUUCCGCCGAAUCAAAGACCGGAAAUGAAGAAAGACACCGUGGCUUUGGGUUUUGUAACAAGCGUAAACGAUGCUGUACUCGUCAGAAUAGAAUCUGCUUCGAGCGACGACUAUCUUGAGAUUGAAAUUUUGGAGGGAAAUGUGUUCGCCUUUUACAAUAUGGGCACAAACGAUCAUCCAAUCGGUGAAGUCGGUGUAAAAGUGAAUGACAAUCAAUAUCACGUAGUAAGAUUCACAAGAACAGGGCCGAACAGCACGCUACAAGUCGACGAUUACAACUUGCAAUCCAAUCAUCCAUCCGGUCGUCAAUUGACUGUAUUCAAUAGUCAAUCGACCAUUCAAAUUGGCGGCCGAUGGAAUCGCAACAAAGGCAGAGUGGAAAGACCAUUCUUGGGUAUAAUUGCCGGUCUUGUUGUAAAUGGUGCACGAAUUUUAGAACUUGCUGCUUCGAAAGAUGGAAGAGUCGUCACCAGAGGAGAUGUUCAAUUAUUACCUCCUGGAAGUCUUCUGGAUCGCGCAGCCCCAUUACAGAGAAUGCAACAGACACCAGCUUCCGGUUUUCCGGGAGUCAUGGAUGAUUUAAUAUUUUCUGGCGCCGGAAGUGGUUGUGCCGCUGAUGACGAGGACGAAGAAUGUACGCCAAUUUAUGAGCCUGGUUCCGGUAAGUACGACAUAAUAACACCGGUGUACGUCGCGCCAACGAGGUCGCCGACGACAUUUAGGCCGAAGCACCAUAAAGAGAAUAUUCAGGAGCGUCCUUCCUGCGACGACGAGGAAGAUUGUGAGGAAGGUUCCGGAGAACCGGUCACCACCGAGGAGAUAUUUGUCACAUCGACCACUGCAGACUCGAGCUCGGAGGUGUACACGACGGAACGCGAGUACACGACCAGCCACAUCAGCACGCAAACGUCUCCAGCCUCGCCGACGACAUCGACCCGGGACAUCGUCACCGUCUCCGUCCAGUACAAUGUGUCAACCACAGACCUCGAAACCAGCCACGCCAGUAGCGUUGUGACGCAAAGAUCGACCACUGUGAUGCCCCAAACGCCUACCACAGAGAUGACGGACCCACCUCCACGACAACCACCCCCGAUGUUCCCGCCGAUGCCAACGCCGCCAAAGAACAACAAUAACAAGAGGAUAACGUCCGAGGCGGCGGAGAACGCUGCCUUAAUAAUCGGCAUCAUAGCCGCGGCGUUGAUCGCCAUUGUUCUGAUCAUACUGAUCAUCCUCAAGUUCAAAAAUCGUCCAGAGACCAGUUACAAGGUUGACGAGACGAAAACCUUCUGCCAGGAUCCAAAUGCGGCACUGCUGGGCGCCGCUGGCUCCGGUCAACCGUUCAAUGGUCCCUUGAAAAAUGGCGCCAAUGGCAGCAAAACUAACAAGAAACGAGAACUGAUAGAUAUCAAAGAGUGGUAUGUGUAGAGAUGGCUCGUCUUCAAGAUUCAUGCGUCCGCUUGAAUUGCACACGUGCUUCUUCAUCUCGUGGCAAGAUGAAUAAUAGGGAACUCUGAGAACUUGACGAGGAACGUGUAAGCCUCUUCUUAGGUCCUUCAUUGGUGCUAGGAGAACUAUUAAAUAUAAUUUUGAACACAUUGAUCAGCAUAAAAUAGUGUGUUCGUUGUGGGCGAACGAAUGAAAAUGAGAAGAAAAUAGUGUUCGAUUUCAAUUUAAUAAGUCACGAACUAAUUUAAACGUCGUGAUUUAGUUAAAUCGUUAAAUGCGAUUUAAACGAGGUUCGACGAUCAUCGAUCGUAUUCAAAAGAUCAGAUCUCCUCAAAGCGGGUCAACGUUAGGUGAAUUAACCAUAAGCAUAUCUAUAAUGUUACGUGUAUCGAUGGUGAUCGAACCUGUUCGAUGAUUAUGCUAUUUGAAAUUUCAUGCAUUCAAAAUACAAGACCGCAUCUUGUACGACAGACAUUGUUUGAGGUUAGGAACGUCAGUUGGUGUCGCAGAUGUCACCGCGCAUCAAAAAAAACCAAGGUCAAUCGCGCCGAUCGGAAAUUCAGAAGAAGAAGAAAUGCUGAUCAGAAAGAAAGAAGAAAGGAAGAGAUAGAGGCAUGAUAAUUGUGUCGAUCGAAAAGAGCGAUGGCGGACGUAGAGCACGGCGUUAUUACUCUUCGUUAGAGCGAUGCUCGGCUUUGAUUCCAAUACUUUCCCAGUAUUUUCCAUUGCUGAAUGACAUCAAGCACAGGCAACGAAAUUUAUAGGAUUGAAUCCUUGAAAUACGAUUGCAAUCACACAAACAAGAAAGAAAAAAAAAAUAGAAAGAGAUUGUGAAUUCUCGUUAUAGACUCAAACUCAACGUAAAAUCAAACUUCUUCCUUGUUGCUACGUAUUGUUAGUUGUGUAUUAUAUUCAUUAUAUAUGGAAAAAUUAUUACAUACUAUUUACAUGUGCGUGAUCCUCCUUUUUUUCUCCAUUUUCAAGAAAAUCUCGGAGAAAAAAAAUAAUUCGGAGAUAGAUAUUAUGUCUGUGAAGUAUUUCGAGGAUGGAAAAAAAUAGAAGAAAAACAAUUUUGCUUUUGUUUAAACGUUUGCCAUAGUCCAUGAUACGUAUGUACAUGAGAAAGUGUUGGAACUAACGCGUAAGAACGAAAGUAUCAAUACAAACGAUCCUAUCUAGCGAUUAAUGAACUUAUUGUUGUAUAGAAGAAAAAAAAAAAUAUAUAUAUAUAUAUAUAUAUAUACGAUAUUUAUCGAUUAUGUUAUGCGUGUAAAUUGUUUAUUAAAUUAUAGAUUUUAUUAAUACAACAGUGGAAGAAAGAGUGCAUGUAUGUAUGCAUGGGAACGAUAUGAAAGGGGGAGAGAUAGUCCGCGUUGUUUUGUUUGAAUAUGAUGAAGCGGUUCGAAGUAACGUCGAUGUAUUAACCAUAAUUAAAUGCAUCAUUGCGAGGAUGUAAACUUUAUGAUCGCGCGCAAAAAUGCUCGGAGAACACUGUCGUAGUAGUAAAUGACACAUAGCUACGCGCAGAUCGAUGCUUAUACGUAUACACAGGGUGUGAAUGCAUUGCCAAAGAAUAUAAAUCGAGUUUAACCAGUGUUUAACCCUUUGAUGUCCAAUAUUGAUUUGGUUGAACUAUCAUCAUGUGUUACUUCUUAAUACUCUCUUUCUUUCAACGUUUGUAUGAUAUAUUUUUCUCGUCAAUUAUAAGUACUUUUUAUAUUUUACAUCUUUCUUUUUUUUUCUUUUUUGUAAUUUCUUUAAUCUUUUCUACUCUACUAGAUAUUUCGAUGUAUACACCUGUAUACCGAAUUUCGUCAAUUUAAAUAAAGUUUUCUAUAGAAAUAUAAAUUCCACUAUGGAUUUUUAGAAAACGGGCCGCAAAGGGUUAUUUGUACUGGUACAUCACACAAAUUGUUGUGGAUAUUCAAACUUGUUACUAUUGAGCUCUUUCGCCUCUAUAAACACUUUCCAGAGGCUUCUCUUCCAGUUUUCUAUCGUCGAAGUCUUAUGAUGAACGCACGAAUAAUCUUUCACUCAACAACAUAGUUUUCCUUAAAUGCGGCGAAAGUAUAAUAGUGGGCAAAAUAUUCUAUAUUUUCGUAUCAUAUUGCUCAAUCUUAUUUUUCAAUAGAUAUCUGGUUAAGACUGGUGUUUGCUAGUUAAAUUUGCAAGUUAAGAUUAGAAAUAUAAAUAUAGAUACUUUUAUUAUGGAUAAUAAAUUUGAAACGUGUAAAUAGAUAUCUAAAUUUUUGAUGUUUUAAUACAUAUUAUCUUAAAGAAAUAAUUCUAAUAUUAUUAAAAAUAAUAUUUCAUAGUUAUUUAAUUUUUAAAUGAAUUAUUAAUUAAAAAUAACACCAGUCUAGAUUGUAAACUACUCAGUUGAUUUAAAAAUUGACGUAAAAAUCUUCGCAAAAAUUAUAUAUUUAUUAAGUCCUUAUUAAUAUAACUUAAAUAGAUUGCUAAAAUUUUUUAUAUAAUUCGAUUAAUCUUGUUAUUGUCUACUAAAUUAUUCCAAAUUAUUCCAAUUCGUCAAGAAUUUGUCGUUUUUCAAAAAAUUAUUAUCUAGAAAACACAAAAACCAUAAAAUUGGUCGAUUUUGCAAAAAAGCAAUAAUGAUUAUCAAACUUGAUUGAUUGAUUUUCAAACUGUUGACGUGCACUUCUAAAUCGAUCAAUUUUGUUGUCGAAAAGACGGUGUGAUAUACACUCGCGGAUGAACGAAAGGGAGAGAGAGAAUGUGAAAAAGUAAUGUUUAGGUACGGUAAUAAAAGGGAUCUCCUUAAUCCUUGACUAAAAACGAGAUGCAAAACGUCCGAUUGUUGAAUGGUUUAUAAGGUAUAGCUUUGUAAACUGCUCAGUACGAGCUAAUAACUCGCCAUUUUUUCUAAAAACGACGUACCUUGAACAUCAUGAAAUCCUAAAGUCCGAUAAAAUAAAAUAAAAUAAAAGAUGAAAAUUAAAAAAAAUGUCGAAAGAAUAAAAUGAAAGGAAGAAAAAAUAUAAAAUUUCUCAUAUUCUUCGUUAUCUAUUCUUUUAUGAUUUUCAAAAAAUAUAAGUAUAAUUUUAAUAUUGUUAAUUAAAUGUUUGGGAUUUUAAAAGGAUUCCAUGGAGAUUAAAGAUUCGAGGAACGCCGAAAAAUUUGUUUUUUGUUCGCGACUCGACUUUGUGCCAUUCUCUAAACAACUUCUAGAGAAACUUCUUGUAUCAAAUUUACUUAUUCUUGUUAAUUAUCAAUGAAGUCCAACUCGAAAUGUAUUUGCUAACGAAUGAACUCAUUAGUCUCGUUAUCGUUACGAUUCGCGUUUAACGCGCUUUGACUCAUGUCCCUAUGACUUUACAAAAUUUACAGCUCGAGUACUUCUCUAAUUAUCAAUGGUAAAUAUGCUUUUAUUGGUUUUUACGGCUGAAUAUCAGACAGGUCGUCAUUUUUGUAAUAUCGUUACAUUAUUUUUUCUAAAUAUUUAAUUUUUAUUUGAUUAAUCGUCGAUUCUGAUUGAUACCAUGUCUAUCGUUUCAAUUUCUUUAUUAGGAAAUUUAAUGAAUUCUCUUUUUUAAUACACGCUUUAAAGAUUUUUCGAAUGCUUCUAUACGAAAUUGUAAAAUGAAACUAUGAAAGUUAUAAUUAGUUAAAAAAUCAAAUUUUUUAAACAAAAUAAAAAUAAAUAAAAAUAUUAUUAGCAUGAAGCAUCGCUUUUGAUAAUAUCAGAAUAUAAGCUCUCAGGGAAGCACAAUUCAUUUUUAAUUAGAAGAAAUUCCGAAACUAAAUUAAAUCAAAUCAAUUUACGAACUAACGCAUAUCAAAAACUUUUUAAUAGAUUGUCCGCUCGAUACAAAAAAAGAAAAUCGAUGAAACGGCGAAUCCAGAAUAUCACAAAGAAAAAUAUCACUUUCAAUAGUUUAUCGUUACAAUGCUGAUUUUCUGUUUUCUCUUGAAAAGGAAAGAUUCAUACAACAUCGACAAAUACUUAUGCAAAUAUAAAUCAGAAAUGUGUUUGUAAGUAUCUAACGCGUUUCGAAUUGUCAUCUAAUGUAAAGAUAGUGCAGUCACAUUUUCUGUAUAUCGAAUAUACGGAAAUCAUUAUCAAUUGAUGAAUGGAGAAAAAAUUUAAGAAUGAAAUAAUUGUUUGCAAAAGAAUAUUUCUAGAAACACAAUCAACAUUUGCAUUAGAUUCUUUAAAAAUUGAAAAAAAGAAAAAAAAAUGAAAAAUGCAAAUAAAAAAAAAAGACGAACAAACAUGUACAAUUUUCGAGUAAUACCGUUUCAUAUCUUAAUUAUACAAGAGCUUGAUAAACUUAAAAUCUAAAUAUAGCACGAUUUUUAUUAAUUAUUGAAAAAAUGAAAAUCACAAGUCUAAUUCUUCGCUUCUUUUUUUUUUAAUUUUUUCAUCAUUAAUUUUUCAUUAUUCUUGCGAUACUUCGUUCAAUUGAUUCGAUUGAAUAAAAAAAUGAUUACAAUUAUACACGACGCUUAAAAUGGCACAAUAAUCUCUAUUCUCUCGACUUUAUCGAUCUUCAUCCUCGAAAUCAUUCGUAGGUUAUAGAAAACGAUAAGUCGAUGCGGAUUUUGUAUAUUUACGUGGCUAAAGUUGAGUGGGCAGUCUUAACGAUAUCGCCGUUGCAUCGUUGACACAUUUACAAAUAAUAAAUUUUCAACAUAAAAUAUCAUAAUUGUUAUGAUGUUAUUCUCAGUCAUGAAAAUUUUUGCAAACUGAAACGAAUGAUUGAUAAAAAUUAUAGAAAACGCAAUAUAUAAAAUAAUAUAUAAAAUAUAAUUAUAUAAUAAAAUAAUUUGUUUGUCAUAAUUAACGAAAUGUCUUGGCACUUUCGUAUUAACGGGAAACAAAUGGUAAUAUAAUAAUGUUUAUUUAAAUAAAAUAUUUUCUAUUGUUAAGAAUUAAUAUUAAUUUUUUUGCAUUAGAUUAUGAAAUUUUGUUCAAAAUUAUUUGCUAUCUUUUCAUAUUGAAUUGAUUGAUGCGUAAUUGAUAAUUGAAAAUAUAUGAAUUUUUUAAAUUAUUUAUUGAGAAUAAUUUAUUUCACUAAUUUAUGAAAAAUAAAAGAAUUUUAACUUUAUUAAAAUAUAAUAUUAAAUCUUCAAUCAUAUUAUUUCUCCAUUUAAAAAUCUCAUUUAAAAACAUAUAACAAUACACAUAUAUGAAAUUAUUUCAAUUAGACAUCUAUAUCUCACGAAUUGUAUUAUAUUCCAUAUAAAAUGACCCAUCCUAUAUCAUAUAAGUGCGAUUAAAUACGCGUUUUAUAACAUAUAUAUAUAUAAAAAAAAUUCAAAACAAUAUUAAGUACAAAAAUAAUUUUUUCUAACAAUAAGUCAUUUAUCUUCACAUGACCAGAAAUUCAUAAAUAUCUUUUAAAUGUAAAUCGAAUGAUUUAUCAGAUUAAUUCACCUCAUCAGUUUUUGCGAUCAUAAAUUUUUCAUUGAUAUAUAAAUUUUUCGUUAAUAUGAAAGUACCUUAGUGAAUUUUAUUGUUUUUUUCUGAAAGAAAAAAUGUGAAGCCGAUUUAUUAUCUCGCUCUGGCAUAUCGCGUGCCAGAAAAUGACAAACCAUAUCAUUAAUCAAGAAUAUGUGUUCACCAAGUAUUGUAAAACGCGAACAUAUUGUUAUCACUGCCCUCCAAACUCUCUAUCUGCAUAUCCUUCAGUGUACUGACGAUUAAUAUUUAUACUAAUUAACUUCUAAUAAACUAAUUAACUUCUAAUAAGAUAUCUUAUCGAGCAAAAUGUUACUCUAACUUACUUAAAACACUAAAAUCUUGAAUUUAAGUGUGUCGCAAAUAUGACGAUAAAUGUGACGUCAUAUUUACACUUAAUUAUUACCAUGUAUGGUAACAAAGAAAAUAUAUGAGAAGAAAGAAAAAAUAAAGAAACAAAGAAACAAAGAAUGUAAGAUAAAAGAAAAAAAUGAAAGAGCGAAAGGGAAAAAUGAAACGAAUAUUAUGUGCAAAGAAUAUGUGCGUGUAUGUAUGUGUUUGUGUAUGUGCAUGAAAAAAAAAUGAAAAAAUCACACAUGUCCGCACGCAAAAAAAAUAAUAGCGUGACGUAUGUAUAUCGCGAACCGAAAAUUGUUGGAUAGUAUGCAAGCAAAAAGAGAAAAGAAAAAAAAAUAAUAAGCUCACACACAAGUGUAUCUAGAAUUGCUAUAGCUAGAUGGAAUUAUAUUUUACAAUUGUACAGUUAAAUAUUCGGACGCACUAAACUGGUUCAAUUUAUAGAUAGUGAAAAUAAUGCUGUAAACAUGAUCGAAAAGAUGCAAACAGUGUGAAACAGGAAAUUAAUAAUAAAAUAAACAGAUGAUAUUAAAGUGAUAAAAUGGUAAAUUCGCAAAACACAAAAAAUCAAUAGCGAUUACAGAAUAUUUUUGUUUUUUAUUAAGCUGAAACUCCAAAUUUUUACACGUAUACUAUUAUAUGUGUGUAUGUAGUAGGAUUUGAGUGCGUAUAUAAUUUACAUCAGAAAUCGGUCCAUUUGGACAGGAAAGAGUAUAUAUAUAUAUGUAUGUAUGUAUGUAUGUGUGUGUAUAUAUAUAUAUAUAUAUAUAUAUAUAUAUAUAUACACAUGUAUGUAUAUAUAUGCAUCGUAUGCGCAUGCGUUUACACGUGUAUUCUGCGACGAAAAAGCGAUCGAGUCAAUUACAGCUUGACGUGUUUUUAAACACAAUUGAGCUGACUCUUUCGUUUUCGGGAAUUUAAUGUGGAUACAAGCAAAAUAUAUAAAAUAUGAGCUGUAGCGUAAAUGCAUUUAGAUUUUUUACAUGUCAAUACGAAGCCUCCUGUGCCGUUUCGUUAGAAUUCUCCCAAUUUAUAAACGCGCAGAUCUUCGACAUCACAAUACAACACGAUAAUCACGUAAUCAAUUCGCAGUUUUUUUUCUUUCGCCGUAGCAUUUUAUGUUUUACAAAUCAUGGAUGAAAAGGACAAAAACAAAAUGUAAGCAAAAAAAAAGAAAUACUAUUAAUAAUAUGUUUUACAACUUAUUAAUACAAGGAAACAAAUAUAAAUACACAUAACACAUAUACAGAUACAUGUACACGACACUCGAGUAAUAUACUAGCGCGCGUAUAUACACGCAUUACGAAUUCUCGUGGAAAAUUGGAGACAUGUAAAUAUAUAGAAAUAAUGCCGUAACUACGAAAUUAUAUGAAUAAAGUAUUGAAACUAA